ACGCAACAUUUUUCAGUAUUUAUUUCUUUUCUCUAUACAACAAAAGAAAUAUUUCUACUUUCAAUUUAUCUUCCAAACUUAAAUUAAGUUCUUAGGUAUUAGCUGCUGAUGUCGAUUUACUUUUUGUGUGCCUUGGACACUUAGCUUGACUGAAUUGUUUAAUGGGCUUCGCAAGGUAAAUAAAAAAAAAAAACUCAAGGUGAGUGUGAGUGAGUACUUCAUAUUAAGUAGAAAUAUUUAAUACGAUCAACGUACUUAUGUAUGUUACUCUAUUUUUAAGGACAGAUGACUUGCUUGUGUAAGUAUACCAAAACUACUUAUUAUAAAAACGUAUGAAGAAAGCGUCAAUUAUGCAAAACAAUAGUUGCGCAUAAAAAGCCCCAUAUGUACAUACAUAUGUCCAAAAACUAUACUACAACUAUAUGCUCUUUAAUUAAUGAUUUUACUUAAAUUAAGUGGAUGCCAUAGCUAUCGAAAUGUUGAAAAAAUGUGUAUGUGUUACAACUAUACUCGUCUAUGAAAUCUAACGCGGACACUAUUUGAGGUGCGUUUCAUGUUUCUUAUUGCUUUAAAUCUAACAUUUUAGGAAUAAAGUGCAAAUUUUUUAGAGUAUACUUGUAUAUGUGUUAACAAAUGGCCGAUUGAUUUCGAAUUCUAAAUAAAUAAAAUUUUAUUUUAGUUCAUAUAAAAAGUAACAAAAAAUUGCUAUAAUUAUUUGGAACAUUGCACAAUUUUAUCACAUGUGGUUUAGUAUUUGUUAGAAAAAUGUUUUACUUAAAUUUUAAAACCAACUUAAACCACUAACCAAUCAAUGUAUAAUUGCUCUAAAACCGUUACUAAAUUACUAUUACAAUAGCUUACAUUAUUUUUUUUUUUUUGUAUAUACAUACAUAUUUCUCAAUCCACUGUAACUCAGACAGCGGAUGACAAGAACGGAGAAGUAUUCGCAAUGUUCAAAGAACAAUCGUCUAAGCUUAGAAAAAAUAAAUUAGGCAUUACUCUUAACACUUAUUGCUUUUUUCAUCACUUUUUUGCAAUGUACCAUAUCUCUUGUAGUAAUGGCCGGCUUUCAGGUACAUAUUUUCUAUUACAACAUUUAAAACGCUCGACCUUGUGUCUCGCUUGCACAAUAACAACACUACAUGGAAAUUUCGAUGCAUUGUUUUAUAUGUAAAUACUCGAAAUUUGGUUAAGAAUCACGCAUCUGCAUUCAAAUAAAAAAACUAACGAAAUGAAAAUCAGCAUCUACGUGUUAAAAUGACAUUUCGUCGUCUUUAUGUAAUCCUUCUAUGCUUCAUAUACAUAUAUACAUCUAUGAAACACACCUUAAUUAGUAGUCAAACAUGUCAUUAUACCAUGAACAGUCGUUUUAGCCUGUCCGUCUGUUUGUAUAUACGCUAACUAGUCUAUCAGUUUUUAUGAUAUCGAUCGGAAAUUUUGCACAUCGAACAUGUGCUUGUGUUCCACCAAGAUACAGCUCGUUUGUCGAAAUCGCCGAUAUCGGACCACUAUCACAUAUAGCUGCCCUACAGACUGACCGGUCGCAAUCGAGAUAAAUAUCUUUUUUAUACCCUUUUAUGCUAUAAAAAGGGUAUUAUAGCGUCGGUGCAGCCGCAGUUAACGCUUUUUCUUGCUUUAUUAAUUUUUAAAAGAAAUAUUUCGCUCUAAGCAUUUAUGUAGUAAUAACAUAGAAUUAAGCACAAACUUCAAUUUUUCUAAAGAAAUCAUUACUACACUUUGAUCUUGAAUAUUUUUACUUUGAUCUGCUCCCCGAAAAUAUAGGAAGCUCCUUAAAACAAUCUCAAGCAGACCAAGCCAUAAAAGUAAAUUGACAUCGAGGCGUUAAAAAAUUUUCCUUGAUUUUUUAUGGAUGUAAGUUAAAAAAUACUAGAUUUACAAACUAUUAUCUUAAAAAAACAACGAAAAAGAAACCAAAAAAAAAAAAAAAAUUGAGUUAAUGUGUUUCGACUGGCCAUUGCAAGCGCCAAACAUAUUCUUUUUGAACUUGCACACUGGACUCCGACCGAAACUGGAACGCGGUGAGGAAGAUGCGGAUUCUUUGGACAUUAAACCACCACAAGCGAACGUGCUGCACACGCGUGACUCCACAGGCUCGAGACGCAAAGAUAAGUCGUCCAAAGAGAAAAAACAUUCCAAAGAGAAGAAACAUCGCGGCGAGCGAGAACGUGGAAGUGGCCGUGACCGCAGCGAAAGGGAACGCGAUCCACGCGAUUAUGACACACGGGAACCACAUGGUCGAGAGCGUGACAUGCGCAACGAUCGUGGAGGAGGUCCACGUCCAGGCGAUAUGGAGCGAGCUCGAGACCACCGUCGAGGCGGCGAAGAGCGUGAAGAGAUGUUACGUUAUCACCAACGAGGCAGCGGUUAUGAGCGUGAUGACGUUAUUAACAGAGAUAUAAUGUCAAAUAGCGAACGCCGUUAUGCAAAGCAAUAUGAACCACACAACAAUGAGGUGCGACGAAAUAGUGGUGGAGGCGGCGGAACAGCUGUGUAUCAUCAACAAUAUCAGCACUCACAUAUGCAACGUCAAAGACCAGAUUACUAUGAACGCGGUUCCGGUGGCGGGGGAUACCAUCAUGGCGGUCUGGACUAUUAUAACAAUCGCCACCAACAACAGCAACAAUACGGUGGUGGUGGUGGUGGUGGCAAGCAUUCGCAUAUUGAGUACAAUGAUGUCAACUAUGAGGUGCAACGUGAGCGACGCAAGUAUAACUACGACCCGCAAAACGAUUCGGAAAGUAUCGAACAGGAUUUACGUUCAAGGCUGCUAAGUAAACGGCAUAAAUAUGUAAAAGGCAGUGGUGGCGAUGUAAUCGAGCUAACCGAAAGUUAUGAGACGACGACCACAGUGCAGCGGAAAAGGUAUAGCGAUGGUGAACGCAAUGAACGCUAUCGACAGAAACGUGAAAAGAUGAGAGAAUCCGUAAUUGAGUUGCUGGACAGUCCGGAGUUGGCUGAGAUGGAGGGUGCAGCCACAGAAGAGGGAGAAGCGCAUCGUCAACGACGCAAACAUAAACGGCGCAACAAAGAGCGUGAAGUGUUGCAAGUGGAGACGAUUGUAUCGGCGGAACGCGUAGAGCGCAUAGAAAAGCGAAAAACGCCUGAUGAUCCGGAGGUAUUGUCACGACGAGAAAAAAUACUAGCUGUGGAACGUGAGAAGGAAAAACGCAAAGAAAAAGCGCGUGAAGAAUUGGAAGCACGACGUCGAGCGCGUAAUGCGCUUAGUCCAAGCGCUGUAGCAGCGUCUGUUACGGCUGGACUAAACGUUAUGAAACGUAAGAAACAGAAUGAAAUGGCCGAGGUUAUUGUAAAAGUUAAACGAUCAAAGAAAACGACAGCUUCAAAGCAGCGUAGUGACGAAGAGGAAGAGGGCGAGGCGUUAGACAGCGAUGACGAAGAUGAUGAAGUAGACGAGGAUAAUAGCGAGGAUAUGGAAACGGACAGUGGCAGUGGUGAUAGUGAAAGUGACAGCGAAAGUCAUUCUGAAGUGGACGAUGCUGAGAGGCGGCACGCAAAACGACAUCAUAAACAUAGCAAAACAGAAAAGAGGAAAAGCAGUAAAAGGCAUCAUAACCAUAGAGCGCGUAACAAUGGUGUUGCUGAUGACGACAAUACGGACGACGAUGAUGAUGAUGAGGAAGAUGACGAUGACAUAGAUCUGCCCGAAAGUCCACUUUCUAUUGGCGAGCUUUCGAAAUCACCACGACGUCAACAUCGCGCAAAAAAGCACAAGAAAAAGAAAGGCAAAAAGCAUAUAGAAAACGAUGAUGACGAUGGCGAUCAACGUCUAUCACGUUCGCGUUCUCAUUCCGCCCAUUCAAUCUCACACUCACGUUCAGUUUCACGCUCUCGUUCGCACUCACCCCGCAGAAAGAGCACACGUUCGCGUUCGAAUUCAGGUUCACGUGACUCUUCGCAACACCGCACAACAAAUUCACGAUCACGUUCUCGUACACGCUCUCGUUCAGAUUCGCAUUUCGAUUCACGAUCAGUGUCCUCACGCUCGCGCUCACGUUCCCGAUCAUCAGUUUCGCGCUCGCGUUCAAAGUCACGAACACGUUCACGCUCACGUUCAGAAGAGCGUGACAUGAAGUCGGCGCAUAAAUCAGAGGCAGAAGCUGCUGCUGGUAGCAGACGUCGUGUGGAAGGUGGCAGCCGAGACGACUCGCCAGCACGCGAUGACAAAGGUGCACCACUGCCAGACUAUUUUCCGGGCAUACAGGGUUGUCGCUCUGUUGAAGAAUUCCAAUGUCUCAAUCGUAUUGAGGAAGGCACAUACGGUGUGGUAUACCGCGCCAAGGAUAAACGUACCAACGAGAUAGUUGCUUUAAAGCGUUUAAAAAUGGAGAAGGAAAAAGAAGGCUUUCCCAUAACAUCGUUACGCGAAAUCAACACCUUACUAAAAGGCCAACACCCAAACAUAGUAACGGUUCGCGAAAUAGUUGUCGGUUCCAAUAUGGAUAAAAUUUUCAUUGUUAUGGAUUAUGUGGAACAUGACCUGAAAUCGUUGAUGGAGACGAUGAAGGCGCGUAAACAAUUCUUCCUUCCCGGCGAAGUAAAAUGUCUGGCGCAGCAAUUAUUGCGUGCGGUCGGUCAUUUACAUGAUAAUUGGAUAUUACAUCGCGAUUUAAAGACCUCUAAUUUGUUGCUCUCGCACAAGGGUGUGCUGAAAGUAGGCGAUUUCGGUCUGGCUCGAGAAUAUGGUUCACCAUUGAAAAAUUACACUUCAUUGGUGGUUACACUAUGGUACCGAGCACCGGAGUUAUUGCUCGGCACACUGGAAUAUUCAACGCCCAUAGACGUCUGGUCGGUGGGUUGCAUUUUUGGCGAAUUUCUACAAAUGGGGCCACUAUUUCCUGGUAAAACGGAGACGGAUGAACUAAACAAAAUUUUCAAGGAGCUCGGCACACCAAACGAACGAAUUUGGCCCGGUUAUAAAGAUUUGCCAAUUGUUAAGAAUAUGUUAAGCCAGAAUUCCCAAUUCGCCGACUAUCCUGUUUCAAAUUUACGUAAGCGUUUCGCCGACAAAACCACCGACUUAGGCAUUGACUUGCUACAGGGUCUUCUCACAUAUGAUCCCAAGAAAAGACUGACCGCUGAAACGGCGCUUAAACACAGCUACUUCAAUGAGCUGCCUCUGCCCAUCGAUCCAUCUAUGUUUCCUACAUGGCCGGCGAAAAGUGAAUUGGGUGCUCGCAAAGCUCUCGCCUCUUCGCCCAAACCACCCUCUGGCGGUUCGCAGUUUAAACAGUUGGGUCGAGACGAAAUACUUGUGGGCAGUAGUGGUGGUAGCAAUGCGGCUGGUGUUGCCAAUAGCAAUAGCAAAGUAAUAUCGGGCAUUAUAACAGGUAAUAAGAAAACUGCUGCGAAUACUGGUUUCGUACUAAAUGCAGGCAUUGAUCAACGUCAACUGGCUAUGGGUCCGGGAUUCAAUUUAAAAUUUUAAUAAAAACUUUGCCAUUCACUAUUUCUUAACUGAUAUUUGAGUGUGAAUGUGUUUAACAAUACUAUUGCUUUUACAAUUUAUAUAUCGUAUUAGUCAUUAAUUAACCAUUCUAGUUAACUACGAGCAUAAGAUCCAGAUUUAUCAUUUUUCGUUAAAUACAAUUUUUCUAAAUAAUCAUAUAUGUAUGUAUAGCUUGUAAGCUACAGUCCAGACAUUUUUUUUUAAAACCAUCACUUAUAUCAUUUGAAUAUACAAUUACCAUUAAAGAAAUUCUACUAUGUGGGCAAAACAAACGAUUUUACCAACAAAACAAAGAGAAUCCUUGAGAGCUUAAUAUAAAACAAAAACUUACUGUUAAUUUUAAAAACUGUUAAUAUUAAAAUCUAAAUAAUCUUAGAUAAAAAUUUAUCGUUAAAGAUGUACAAAUUACAUACAUGCAUUAUAGUUGGCGGCAGGUUUAUACCAAAAGAUUUACACAGUCAGUUCGAGUCAGGCAAACAUAAUAAUCAUUCUAACAAAAAAUAGAACAAUAGUUGGGUAGAUUUAAGUUGUUUUUUUUUUUGAGUAAUAAAAUAAUGUUCUAGUUGUAAUCAAAUACUUAACUGCAGUAGACCGAAUAUAAAAAGGAAAGUUUAUAAGAAUGGAAAGAAGCCUAUGCUGGAAAAAAGACCUAUAAGAGAAAUACAAGCAUAUAAUUUUGCAACAAAAGUAAAAUCCAAACAAAAAAAA